AUGUUCUCUGGACGCAAAGUCAAAUGGAAUCACUUUGGAAAGAAAUACGCUUUGAGAUUCUCUGAUUAUGAGAUGGAAUACGCCGAUUUAUAUGAUGCUCUUCUCAAAAAAGUUCACGAGGUCCGACCCGAUUUCGAAGGCGGUCUCGCGUUCAUUGAUCAAUAUGGAAGACAGGUGGUCGUCACCAGCGACAAAGAUGUGCGUGAGGCCAUUCAGCAAUCGAAGGGAAAGCUUAAACUUCACACCACUUUACGUGAUGGAGCUGUCAUUGCCGCGGCGGAUAUGGCCGAAGCGGCUCGGAAUGGCGGAAGGCCGACGAGAUCGCAAUCUGUUCCACCGGAGCGCUCGUACAAUACAUACCCGCAGCGAGCGCCGUCUUCCAUGGAAAGCUCUCCAGCGGACAAUUACCGACUUCGAUCAAUGUCGCCACCGCCGACAUCGGCUCAGCACUCACCAAUGCCACGCGAAAUGGUUAAGACAACAUACGCCCAUCGUGGAAGUUAUUCGGGAUAUUAUCCGGGAUUGAAAUACCCACCAUUUGGCCCGCAAUACUCUCAGAGCAUUCUUUAUGGAAUGCCUCCGCAUAAUGGCAUGCUUUGGAGAUUUCUGGCUAACCCCUUCCCAUUCGGAUCUUCACGCUCAUUCGUUGGACCCAACAAGUAUCAUCACUUUGGAGGUUGGGGAGCAAAUCACAUGUACUCGUCUAACUGGGGACCCGCUUGGUAA